AUGGAUCCCACUCUACGGGCAGUGCUGGGCCAUGGCGGAGGCGACGGCGGGGCGAGGGAAGGAGAAGGAGGCGCCGCGCGCUACCGGGGCGUGAGGAAGCGGCCGUGGGGCAGGUACGCGGCCGAGAUCCGCGACCCGUGGAAGAAGACGCGGGUGUGGCUGGGCACGUUCGACACCCCCGUGGAGGCCGCCCUCGCGUACGACCGCGCCGCGCGCACCCUCCGCGGCGCCAAGGCCAAGACCAACUUCCCCGACCACGCCGCCCAGCAGCAGCUGCAGCACCUCCAUCUGGCGCCGCUCCUGCGUCAGCCACCGCCGCAGCCCGUCUCGUUCGGAGGCGUCGACGUCGACGGCCCUACUCCGUGGCAUUUCGUCUACUUGCAGGCCCCGACAACGGCCGCGGCCGCCCCGCUUCCCCCGACUGCAGGUGCAGCGAUGCCGAUGGCAACCGAGCCACUGUCAACGGCGCUGGAGCUGGGCAGGGGACAAAGGCGCGGCAGCCUCCCCUUCGACCUCAACCAGGCGCCGUCAUGCUGA